AUGGCAUACGUCAAAGUUGUUAAGAAUAAGGCCUACUUUAAAAGGUACCAAGUGAAGUAUAGGAGACGAAGAGAGGGCAAAACGGACUACCGAGCGCGAAAGGCCCUAAUCCUCCAGGAUAAAAACAAGUACAACGCGCAGAAGCUCCGAUUUGUUGUGAGAAAAACCAACUGCCAGAUCAUAUGCCAGAUAGCAAGUGCACACAUUGAAGGGGAUAAAAUAUUGGCGGAGGCCAAGUCGAAGGAGCUCAUCCGAUAUGGAAUCCCUGUAGGGUUAAAGAACUACGCUGCUGCAUACGCCACAGGGUUACUAUGCGCAAGGAGAUUUUUGAAGUCCCUGAAUUUAGAUACGCAGUUUGUUGGAGUGGAGAAACUUACAGACGACAUGAAUGAAAACAAUGACGAUAAGGAAGAAGAUGAGGAAAGAAAACCAAUUAAAGCAUUCUUAGACGUUGGUAUUACCAGGACGACGACUGGUAACCGCGUCUUUGCUGCUUUGAAGGGAGCAUGCGAUGGAGGAUUGAAUAUCCCACACGGGACCAACAGAUUCCCUGGAUCCAAGAAUGAAUUUAAUCCAGAACAAUUAAGGAAGAACAUUCUUGGUAUCCACGUUGCUGAAUAUAUGAAGACAUUGCAAGAGGAAGACAUGGACAAGUAUAAGGCCCACUUUAAUGAUUACAUAAAGAACAAAAUAGAUGCAAAUAAUAUCGAGCAGAUGUAUCUGAAUGCUCAUGAGAAGAUAAGGAAGAAUCCAGAGAAGCUGCAAAAGAGCAAAGAUAAGGUGAAGAAAUUUGUCGCCAAGCAUGAGAAGCCCAAAAAACUAAACGCCAAGCUGAGGAAGAAGCGCGUAAAGGAAAAGUUGGCCAAAUACGUGGAGAAGUUGCAGUGA